UCUGCAUUCUCGCUGGACGUACUGAGGGGAGAUUUGUUAAAUUAUCGCCGUGUCUGAUGUUAUAAAAUCAAGAAAAACACUUAAAGGCGGUGUGUCGUGUACAUUUUUGAGAGAGGACGUCUUGUAUGACUAGCGGUCGAAACGGUUUUAAAGGGAUGUGGGGAGGACCUGUCCUGUCGCGGAGGAUCUCGCUCGUGAAAGGGCACAAACCUGAACAGUGUCACGGAGAUCUAUAGAAAUAUAAAAUUCAAGAAAUCUAUAGAGAUCUAUCGAAAUAUAGCCCCCGAGAGAGAAAACGAGACACGGAGGACAUCGGCGAAUCAGGUUCAAGGACCAACUGCGUAUUAGACUGCUGCACUGCCUGCAGACACAUCUACGGUUUAAACCUCACCCUUGUUUAAACCUCACCGUUACGCUGCUCUUACAUUUCUCCGUCUGGAGAAUCCUGCAUCUUCUGAUACAGCUGCGCAGUUCUCAGGACAGAACCCCAGCUCUAACAUCUGCCAUAAUGCUGGACUCCAAAACCAAGGAGCUGUGCCGCGUCUGUGGCCGGGAGCUGUGCGGUAACCAGCGGCGGUGGAUCUUUCACCCAGCUGCCAAGCUGAGUCUGCAGGUGCUGCUGUCGCACGCACUGGGCUGGGAGCUGACCCGGGACGGCCGCGGCGAGUUCGUCUGCAGCAAGUGCGCCUUCAUGCUGGACCGCAUGUACCGUUUCGACACGGUGAUCGCGCGCGUGGAGGCUCUGUCCAUCGAGCGCAUGCACAAGCUACUGAUGGAGAAGGACAGACUCCGACAGUGCAUCGGCGGGCUGUACCGCAAAAACAACGCCGGCGGGGCGGGCGCCGCCGGGACGGAAGCCUCCGUGCUGGACGUGUCCGUCUUAUCCGACGGCAGGUACGGCUCUCUCCUGGAGGAGGACCUGACGUAUUCGGUGUACGAGUCCUGGGCCGAGCACGAGUCCCACUCUCCGCAUCGGUGCUACGCCAGGUCAGAGGUCAGCUGGGUGCAGCGCUCCAGGAAGUGCAGGGGGUGCGCGGCGCUGCGUGUGGCCGACUCUGACUACGAGGCCAUCUGCAAGGUGCCCAGGAAGGUGGGCAGGACCAUGUCGUCCGGACCCUCCACCCACCACUCCACUACCGUCCUGGGCAGCGUGGAGGACGCUCGCUCUGGGUCGGCCCUGCAGCCUGAAGGACCUGACCCUGAGUCGCCCACUCUCACGGAAAUCAGCCGCUCCGUGUACACGCCCCAGGCAGAGCGCACCAGCCUCAGUCCGGCCACGUCGGACGAGUCUCUGGACACCGGCGUCGAUGCGGGUCCGUCUUGCCCGGUGGUCCCUGCAGAUCUCGUGCAGGGAGAGAUGGAGGAGGGGAGGGUCAUAACACAGAACCCCGGAGCGAACCAGAAGCCCCGCACUGGAGAUGGGGGUGUACUGGAGCUGGCUCUCAGCCUGGUCCAGAGCCUGCGGUGCCACCCGGUCCAGGUGCCAGCAGGAAGCCGUCUCCCUGUCCCCAUCCGGCCGGUGUCCACAUCGCGGGGGGGGCCCGUCCCUCUGCCCCAGACGCCGCCGACAGGAACUCUCUGUCCUUUCUCCACCCAGCCUGAGGACAUGGUCUCUGUCAGCAUCCGGCAGGAGAUGCAGCUGGACCUGGCUGAGAUGGAGGAGCUCUGGCUGGAUGAUUACGUCCAGUUUAGACCUCCAGACCUCCGGAAGAAGCUGAUCGGGGAGCAGCUGGGUCAGUGUGAGGCAGCUGCAGGUCAGUGUGUGAGCGAGCUCCAGAAAGCCCAGCAGGAGGUGCACUGCCUCCAGACCAAGAACAGAGAAGCCAGCAGCAAGAAUCUGCAGCAGAGGCUCAGUGAAAUGGACUGCGAGCUGCGCGCUGUACGAGAGGCAGCACACAGACAGGAGAGAAGCAUCCAGAACCUGAACGAAUGCCUGAACACCAGGAACAGUGAGGUUGCGGACCUCCAGAAGCUCACGGAGGAACAGAAGGAGCUUCUGUGUUCUCUAAAGCAGCAAAAUCUUCAGGAGCAGCUGCAGGCUGUCGGGGAGGUGCCAGGGCAGCUACAGGCCGAGCUCCUGGAGCUCCAGGAGCUCCAGGCCUCUCUGUUCUCCACCCAGCUGGAGCUCCAGGCUGCCCAGAGAGCCCAGCGCCACGCCCAGAGAAGGGAAGAAGACCUGGCCCGCACCAACCAGCGUCUCCUCGCCGACCUCCAGGGGGCGCUGCAUCAGCAGCAGGAGGUGGAGAAGCACAAGCAGGACCUGCUCGCCGCUCUGGAGAGAGCGCGCUCAGACCUGGAGCAGACGCAGGAGCGGUGGAGGAAGGGAGUGGAGGAGAAGGAGAGAGAGACGGAGGGAAAGCAGGAGAGAAUCAGAGAGCUGCAAACAUCACUGCACCACAAAGAGCGCCUCCUGCAGGACUACAGUGAACUGGCGGACAGGCCUGGUGGAAACAGAGACGUCCUCGUUCACAAACUCAAACAGCGCCUUCAGGAGAGGGACAGAGCACUGGAGCGCGCUCUGGACGAGAAGUUUAUGUGCGUGGAGCAGAAGGAGGCGGAGCUACGCAAGCUGCAGCUCCGCCUCCGAGAGAAGGAGAGAGAUAUGGAGAAACUGCGCUGUGUACUGUCCAACAACGAGGAGACUAUCACGAGUCUGGAAGCACUGCUGCGUGGUAAAGCUCUAGAGCUGGAGCAGGUGUGUGAGGCCUGGAGAAGCAGUCAGCGUGCUCAGCGAGACAGUGAGGACAUACACACACAUGGACUGCGAGAGAGAGACACACUCAUCAGCCAGCUGAAGACAGCUGUGCACACACACACUGAAGAGGUCAAGGAGCUGAAGGCUGCUAUGCUCAGUAAGGUGCCGGUGGGCUCUGCUGAGCUGGUGGAGGUGUUGAGGUCUCAGCUACAGCUGAAGGACCGUCUGUUCCAGGAGCUGCUCGCCAACUGCAGCCGGAAUGCCCAGGAGCACCACGCACAGGUCCAGGACCUGCUUAAUGCCAUCCGCUCCAGGGACCAGUACAUUAAGGAUUCCGCGGUGCGUGCCGGUCACGUGAUGUCUGAGCAGGCAGCCCGUGUGCAGGAGCUGCGCAGGCAGGUGCUGUCUGCCCCUAGCGCUCCACUGAGCAUCACCGAGCCCUCGGCGGAGACCCAGAGCCUCCAGGAGGACCUCCGGCUGCUCCUGGCCAGGGAGAGGGAGGCGCAGAGCCAGAUCUCCACCCUGCGCUCCACCCUGACCUCCACUCAGGACCAGCUCCACGCCCAUGCCUCGGAGCUGGAGGCUUUGACCAGGACCGUGAGCAUCAAAGAUGAGAUCAUCAAGGACCUGCAGGGGCAGCUGUUGAAGCCCCCCAGUGAUCCACUGGUGAAGAGACUAACUCAGGACCUGCAGGAGCUUAGAGAGCGAGUUUCACGUCAGGACGCCUCCUGCCCCAAGCACGAGGAUAAUCCAGAUUCUCGUGCGUCACUGGAGGCGGAGCAGGCAGUCAGACCUCAGGCUGCCUCUGGAGAUUUCACUUCAGAUGAUGAAGAGGAGGAAGAUGACUACAGUAGUGAGUUCUCAGACAGUAUGGAGGAAGAGAACUCCAGACUAACAGCGCAGUCUUUGACUGUUGUGCAGGACUAUGAACGGUGUGGAGGACCCGCAGCCUGGCCGCUAUCCCAGGGUGCCGCGGCGGCGGAAGACCAGGGGCUGGCGGAGGUGAAGCUGCUGGUGGACCAGAAGAAGGCAGUGGAGCGGGAGCUGUGUGAGCUCAGGGCCCAGCUGGAGAAGGCUGGCUUCUCCAGCUUCUCCCAGAUGAGGAAGGCCUUGAUCAGCCUGCGAUCUGAGAAUGAGGAGCUGAGGAGCUCAGCGGGGGGGCGAGAAGGAGGUGGAGGCAGCGCCCCGGGGGAGGAGGAGGAGGAGAGGCGUGGGGAGGACUCCUCGGUGGCAAAGCCCCAAGCAUACGAGGGCAGGAAGGGCGGCGCCAGGCCGCUGCUCUCCCACACCACACAGGAUCACACAGAGCACGACUCCGGGCCGGUCCCGCUCUCUCCCAUGGAGGCGGGGCUGCGGGAGCGCACCGUGCGUCUGACGUCAGACCUGCAGCAGGAGCAGCAGGAGCGCCCCCUAGUGUCUGAGGACAGAGUGCAGGCGCAGGCCGAGCAGCUCGGAGACCACAGAGACCUGCUCACAGAGGUGUCAGUGCAGCAAGACAGCAAGCAGGUACAGGUGGACCUGCAGGAUCUGGGCUAUGAGACCUGCGGCCGCAGCGAGAAUGAGGCUGAGAGAGACGGUGCCAGCAGCCCAGAGUUCGAUGAUCUCAACCUGUGCACCUCCCUCUCGUGCGGAGAUGGCACCACCCAGUGGUGGCUGAGCCCAGGCGCGCCGGCCAGGGUGGAGGGCGAAGCGGCGUUCCUGCGCCGGCUGGUGGAGGACCUACGGGGUCAGCUCUCACGCUCGCAGGCGCUGGCGUGCAGCCUAAAGGCUCGGGUCGACGGUCCGCCCGCCUCUACACCCCGGAAGGUGAACUGGGGCGUGGAUUCGUUGCGGGCGCAGGACGGGGCCGAGGAGGAUGAGGGAUGGCAGUCAUCAGACGGCGGCAGUUCGCUGCCCUGCCGUGCCCGUCUGCAUGGCGGUCUGCGGCAGCUGGUGGCCCGUGUGACCUCCCUGGAGGAGCAGCUACAGAGGGGCAAGAACCACAUGGACGAGGACCACAGCACCACCUGGCCUGGUAAGUUUGACACUCUGAUCCAGGCCCAGGCGCGGGAGCUGUCUCACCUGCGUCAGCGGCUGAGUGAGGGGCGGAGCCUGUGCCACAUCCUGACGCAGCACCUGGGCAACACCACCAAGGCUUUCGAGGAGCUGCUGCGUGCCAAUGACGUGGACUACUACAUGGGCCAGGGCUUCAGGGAGCAGCUGGGACAGAGCUCAGCGCUCGCACAAAGAGUGAGCGCCAAGAUCAGCAGCCGAGAUCACUCACAACUUCCAGAUGACAAGACGGGUCAUGAACUGCUCGCGUUCCGGUUAAGUAAGGAGCUCCAGCAGAAAGAGAAGGUCAUCGAGACACUGCGCUCCAAACUCGAGCAGGAACAGUCCCGCCCAGAGACACCUGGAAGCAGCCACGCCGUCUCAGAGGGCACCGACCAAUCCGAGCAGAUGUCUUUUGUGUCAGACGAGCAGGGCUCCAUCAAGGAGGAACUGGAUGUGUCCUCAGACCUGGACGCAGCUAGUCAGUUCAGCCAGGAAGAGGCAACUGAGAAGGAUACUUCUGACUGCCAUAGUAACCAGAGCUCCACCCACUCACACCCACUCAUGAUGCCCUCUCUCACUUCCUCGCAUGACCAUCGGUCCUCCAGCAACUGUCCCAGCAUCCACUGCACCCCUCACAGGCUAAUGGAGGGAAGGGUGCCAACAGGGCUCAGCUCCGCCCCCUUCCCCCAGAGUCGCCCCACCCUGUCUGCUCACCCUGCCUCGCUGCCAUUUGACCCCCAGUCACAACACCUAAGGCCCCGUUACUGUGGCAACGGAGGCUUUUCUCUCGCUGAGGUGCAGCAGGAGCUGCAGAUGCUCCAGAGGCAGUUUGGGAACAGUGUUACUGGGUCUUCGGUCAAACCUCUUCCAGGCUACCCAGUGGCUGCCGGGGUCCAGCCCACACCCUGCGGCUUCCAUCCACUCUCCCAGCAUGCCUUUCACCAAGCACCGCUCGCCAGCCUCAGCGCCAGCCCUGGGUCCAGGCUCCUGGAGAACAGUGCAUUGUGGGAUAUGACAUACGGGGCUCAGCAAAUGAGGGGAAACGUUUGUGGCGAUGUGUCCUCAGGCUCAUCUGGGUAUCCGUCUGGCCAACAUCACACAGGAGCAGGCUGGAUGGAGACGAACCUGAGAGACAUUCGCAGCCUUCACCGCCGUCUAGAAGAUUCCAUCCAAACCAACGACGGUCUGCGGCGACAGCUAGAGGCCCGGCUGACAACUACGGCCCCAGAUGGAGGUGCUCCUACAAACAUUUACAUCCAGGGACUUGACUCGGUCACCCAGCUGUCCAGGGACGUUCAGGCUCUGAAGGAGGAGAACUGUGCCCUGCAUGACCAGCUCCAGCAGGCCCGCAGAGAUGGCAUGAAAGAGGCGGAGCAGCUGCGCGAGGCGCUCCAAUCAGGUCGCGGCAGGUGGAAGCAGGCGGAGGCGGAGGCGGAACGCUGGGCGGGGCAGUGCCGGCAGCUGCAGGAGCAGGUGUUGGAGCAGACGCAGGCUGUCCUGCAGCUGAAGCGGGACAGACAGGACAGCCAGGAGAAUGCCGACAGACUCCAGCACGAAGUCAACGUUCUGCAGAACCAGCUGAGCGAGAGCAGGCGACUCGCGCACACACUGCAGGGUGAAGGGCAAGUGUAUCAGCGAGCACGCAGCAGCAACAAGAGUGUGGACGCAGGAGCUGGGUUGAGCUUGACCUUUGACCUGCAGGAGUCACAGUCUCACUUGCGCAUGCUGGAGAAGCAGCUGAGUGACAGGUUGGACCUCAACAUGCCCCGCCCAUCUGCCAGGAAGCAGUUCUUCCACGAUGUGUCUUGCUCUCCUCCUGUUCGAGACACAGGACUCUUCGGUCCCAAUUCCCAUCUCCCCUCUGGGCUUGACGACCCACAGUCAGGCUUCCUGGAGCCAUGCUUGAGAGGACGAGAGGGCGAAGCCUGCAGGACAGGGUGUCACGUGAUGGGCCACGAGGACAACUUUAACACCCUGCAGCAGGCAGUCCUGGAGGCCAAAGUGCUCAUCCGAAAGAUGGAGACAGCCCUGCAGCAGGGUUGUGGGCGGAGCUUGCUGAGCAGCACUAAGCUCUUGAAGCAGGUUCUAGAAGAGAUGGGUUCAGUCCUCGGGACGUUCUGGGGGGCAUCGCUGCCCUCUGCUGGCACCACUACCACACAGCACUUUCCAAAGGACAAGUCUUUGAAGGAAGAGGUCGUUUGUCUGAAGCGUAAACUGUUGGAGCAGGACCAGGUCCUGAGGGAAGCCCUGGACAGUCUUAGAAGCUCCAACCGCACCAAGGACAGCAUGGAGCAGUUCAUCGUCAGCCAGCUGUCCCAAACACGGGAUGUGCUGAAGAGAGCUCACACCAACCUAGAGAAAAACAAGCUCAGGAUCUCUUCCUUAGGUUCCGCCAGUUCUCCUCUCUCCUCCACCUCUCCCUGGUCUUCUAGAGGUGAAGUCCCAACCAUCACCUGCACCUCCUCUUGUGGUUGGGGUAAUGUGACCCCACCUCCCCGGGGUCCCAAACGAGGCACGUCUGACCCAUGGUCAGCACCGCGUUCCGGCAUGUACCGCCCUCUGGAGGUCGUUGGUGGUAGCGUGCUACCAGGACUCAGAGCUGCGGUGUCCCCUCUGUGCUGAGUGAACGCAGAGACGACGAGCACCAGAAUCUCAAGCUUCGUGAACAUGGGGGUCCGUCUGGCUCGGGUGCCGCAGGUCCGUUCCGCGGACUAAGUUCUUAUGCCCUGUCUCGUUGCGUCUGGUUGCCCAGUACCUCUGGAGUGGCAGACUUCAGGAGUCAGUGGGUGGUCUGCGAUGUGACAGACCUCACUGAAGGGGAACUAAACAGGUGCACAGCUGGAAACAUACAGCAAACUGCCUCUUUGUCAGCUGUAUGUUUCAAUCAACCUUACAGUAUCUCAUAGUAUCUCAUAGCAUCUCAUAGUAUCGUCUGCUCUGUCUAAACAACCCUCGCCAGUGCUGUACACGACUUUACACAGACUAACAUUAAUACUCUGGUUAGACAGACUAACAUUAAUACUCUGGUUAAAUAGACUAAUACAUUAAUAUUUUGGUUAGACAGACUAAUACAUUAAUACUCUGGUUAAACAGACGUAGGUUAGUUGAAGGCUUUGAACUAUAAGCGCAGCCUUCUGGCAUAACACUUCUGACCUGACCCCAGCCCUGCUACACAGUAGCGACGGCACCCAGGCCAUUGGGUAAAGCUGUCUGAGGAUGUGAACAGAUCAAACACAACGCUAAUACCACUGACACGCAGAUGUUUCAGCCCUGGAAACAGGAGCAAAUAGAAGACAAAGCAGUCUAGACUGGUGUUCUUACAGACACCCCCCCUCCUCCUCAUGUCUGUGUGUGUUAUGACCGAAGCCCCGCCCUCCUGUCUGUCUCCUCCUCAUGCCUGCGUGUGUUAUGACCGAAGCCCCACCCUCCCGUCUGUCUCCUCCUCAUGUCUGUGUGUUAUGCCCGAAGCCCCGCCCUCCUGUCUGUCUCCUCCUCAUGUCUGCGUGUGUUAUGACCAAAGCCCCGCCCUCCUGUCUGUCUCCUCCUCAUGUCUGCGUGUUAUGACCAAAGCCCCACCCCUCCUGUCUGUCUCCUCCUCCUGUCUGUGUUAUGACCGAAGCCCCGCCCUCCCGUCUGUCUCCUCAUGUCUGCGUGUUAUGACCGAAGCCCCGCCCCUCCUGUCUGUCUCCUCCUGUGUGUUAUGACCAAAGCCCCGCCCUCCUGUCUGUCUCCUCCUCAUGUCUGCGUGUUAUGACCAAAGCCCCGCCCUCCUGUCUGUCUCCUCCUCAUGUCUGCGUGUAUUAUGACUGAAGCCCCGCCCCUCCUGUCUGUCUCCUCCUGUCUGUGUGUUAUGACCAAAGCCCCGCCCUCCUGUCUGUCUCCUCCUCAUGUCUGCGUGUAUUAUGACCGAAGCCCCGCCCCUCCUGUCUGUCUCCUCCUGUGUGUUAUGACCAAAGCCCCGCCCUCCUGUCUGUCUCCUCCUCAUGUCUGCGUGUAUUAUGUCCGAAGCCCCGCCCUCCUGUCUGUCUCCUCCUCAUGUCUGUGUGUGUUAUGUGGACAGGAUCCUUUUCAAACAAACUUAUUUUAUUAUAAACUUUAUUAUUUGGUCCAAAAAUAUUCAGAUUUUAUGUUGGUAGUUGUUGCUUUUUUGGCACUUUUUCAAUGGACCAGUUUUUGUUUGUUUGUUUUUAUUUUUUGACCCAAUACCUUUAAAUUCCAUGUAAGAGAAUAUUUGUGUAGGUACUUAAACACAUGUUGUCUAGAAGUGUGUUACUGCUCUUCUGGUUUAUUGAGUACAGCUGGGCAGUUUCUUUUACUACACCAACCCAUCACAGUACAGCACAGCAGACAGAAGACCCGAACCAAUCGCUUCCACACCCUCGGUACACACUUAAGACACGAGAACUCCUUCUUUUCACACCAAACCGGCUCCGAUAGACGCUUGUAUCUCAUUUAACAAUCAGUCCUAUUACAGAAACCCAAAAUGUCGUUUUUGAGAUGUCCUUCACGUCAGGGCUCAGUAGUCUAUGCACGCAUGACAGAUGAAGGGAUUGUUUUAAUAAAAAAGGGAAGACGACAAUGACUUGCUUCUCUGCAUCAGUUUGCUGAGUUUGAAACUAAAGCAAACACUAGCUUGAUCUGGGUUGUUCAGGAAACAUGAAAAAAAUUCUCUCUCCAGUGAACCUCAGUAUGAUUACGUGUAUGAAAAUAGCACUGCAAAACCACCAUUAAACACUUUACAAGCUUUA